AUAUUUAUUUCUUAGACUCUGUAAAUUGCGUGCAAAUUUAUAAAAGAAGCGUCCACUGCAAGAAAUCUCAAAUCCCUCUCCUUUUUAAUUUUCAUUUUAUUAUUAUUUUUUUAAUUUUAAAUAAUAUAUAAUGUAGAAGAAGAAGAAUAGAUAGGUAAGUUAUUUGGUUAAGGCUUUGUGAGAAUUGAUCUCAUUUCUUUUCUUCUCAUCUUCGUUCACAGAAUCGCGGCCCCUUCUUCCAAACGAUUCAUACCCAUUUCUUCUAAAGAAUCUCUCUUCUUCUUUCACCAUUUUUUCUGCUUUCCUUUUUGGAAAUUAAAAACAAUAUAUUAAUCUCAGUCUCUGGAUUGGAUUGAAUUGAAUCUCGCUUCUUCUUUUUCUUUAUCUUGGUACGUCUUUGCAAAAGCGAUUAUUUGGAUUAGUGGUGAAGACUGAAAAGGAGAUAUUAAAGAAUGUUGGGAGAGUUAAUUUCCAGAAUUCUUGUAAUGGUUUUUGGGUAUGCGUACCCUGCGUUUGAGUGUUACAAAGUGGUGGAAAGGAAUAGAGCCGAAAAUGAAGAACUUCGAUUUUGGUGUCAAUAUUGGAUCCUUGUAGCCAUUCUAUCAGUGCUAGAGAGAGUUGGGGACAUAUUCAUUUCAUGGUUACCCAUGUAUGGAGAGCUUAAGCUGGCCUUUUUCAUCUAUCUUUGGUAUCCGAAGACCAAGGGUUCUGAUUAUGUCUACGAUGCCAUAUUACGGCCUUAUGUCACAAAGCAUGAACUAGACAUUGAUCACAAGUUACUUGAGUGGAGAGCGAGGGCCUGGGAUUUGGCUCUUUUCUACUGGAAAAACUGCACAGAACUGGGCCAGACAGCAUUCUUUCAAGUCAUACAAUAUGUGGCUUCUCAGUCAGGAAGGUUUAGCAGCCAUAAUGGUACUGAGAGAAACGAUGACCAGCAAAACAGAACAACCGACCGUGCCACAUCGGAGACAAUGAAAUCUAAGAUUGUUCAACUUCAACCCCACAAAGAAACAGAGUAUGUACAUAUUGCAGAAGCCUUCAUGGCAGAACCUGCUGUUAAACAAGAUGGUGGAGCAACUACUAACCCAGACGGCGGUCUCCUUAACCAAGCCCGCCAAAGGCUUAGGCGCUUCAAACCACUCAUUUAGAAUUGUAACACAAACACUUGUACAAAAUCAACCAAGAACAAAUAGAUAAUUGGGUUCGAAUGUUCUUAUUCACUCUACCCGGAAAAAAAAUGUAGAAAUUCAUUUCUUUUUUAUUUAUUUAUUUUUAUUCCUGUAAUAUAUGUUGAUUUCCAUUCUAUUUAAAAACAAAAAAUGGCUUCUUUUA